UCUCCACUGUCACGCGCAUCUCCGAAGAGCUUUUGCACAAUCAACGAGCGAGAGAAUGGCGUCGUCGUCGUCGUCGUCGGAGGGGGAGGAUCGGAGGGCGUGGGUCCCGCUCGGCUCCCGGCCGGAGUUCGCCGACGUGGCGCCGCUGCCGCAGGACGACGGCCCGAGCCCCGUCGUGGCGAUCGCCUACAGGGACGACUUCCGGGAGACCAUGGACUACUUCCGAUCCCUCUACAGCUCCCGCGAGCUCUCCCCUCGCGCCCUCCUCCUCACCUCCCUCGCCAUCUCCUUCAACCCCGCCAACUACACCGUGUGGCAUUUCAGGCGUCAAGUGCUGGAGGCGCUCGAUGCGGACUUGAACGACGAGCUCGGCUUUACUGAACAUGUGGCCAAGGGGAACGCCAAGAACUACCAGCUUUGGCAUCAUCGGCGUUGGGUUGCUGAGAAGUUGGGAUCUGAUGCUGCAUAUAGGGAACUCGAGUUCACAAGGAAGAUAUUCUGCCUAGAUGCUAAAAAUUAUCAUGCCUGGUCUCAUAGGCAGUGGGUUCUUCAGGCUCUAGGCGGUUGGGAGAAUGAACUUGACUAUUGUGCGCAACUUCUUGAGGAAGACGUGUUUAACAAUUCUGCUUGGAAUCAGAGGUACUUUGUCGUCACAAAAUCUCCUUUCCUUGGAGGUCUAAAAGCUAUGAGAGAUUCUGAAGUUGAUUAUGCUAUUGAAGCUAUCAACUCGAAUCCAGAGAACGAGAGCCCGUGGAGAUACCUUCAUGGCCUUUACAAUGAUGAAAAUGACGCUCGGCUAAACGAUUCUCGAGUGCCUUCAGCAUGUCUGCGUGUUCUGAAAGCCAAAAGAAACUUCAAAUUUGCUUUGAGUACACUGUUGGAUCUGCUUUGCCUCGGUUUCAAACCUAACCAAGAAAUAAGGGACACAAUAACCUCUUUGAGGACUACAGAUUCGGGUGAAGUAGGUUCAGACUCAGAUCUGGCUAAAUCAAUUUGUUCUAUAUUGGGACGUGAAGAUCCAAUGAGAGCCAAUUAUUGGACGUGGCGAAGCAGCAAACUUCCUCAAGCAGCUGAAGUCUGACAUCCAAUAUGAACUGGCUUUUUUGUAAGCUGUUGACUCAUGCCUUGAAUUUUGCUCUGAAUCCGCUUUUAGAAGGUGUUAGUAGGUAAGGAUGCGUACCUAGUUCAUAGUAAAUUGCAAAGUGCAGAUCUGCAACUCAAUAUGAGCACCUAUCAGCCACUAACAUGGCAGGCAUAUAUUAGGGCUUUGUAGAUUCAAUUGUACUUCAUGAGUCAGAUGGCUCUUUGUCGUGAGGGGUCUUUCUUAACUUAAACUACUUGCUUGUUAUGGACUCUAUUGAUGUAAUUGCAGCAUGAUUCGAUUGACGAAAUAA